GGCAAAAGUACUGAGUCAUGUUUUGAAUUAGGCCUGGAGACAAAGAGGUCCUGCUUUUGCUGCUGUAACCAAGACAGUUUCCUAAAAGAAACAAUGGCUGAAUACAAGCUGAAAGUGACAACUGGCGACAUGAAGCACGCAGGGACCAGAGACAACAUCUACAUCAUCUUGUUUGGAGCAGAAGGGCAAAGUGAGCGAGCAAAGCUGGACAAUUCUGGGAUCGACUUUAAAGCUGGGAAGACAAGGAUGUACACUGUCAAUACUGGCUCCUCUCUGGGGAAACUUCUGCUGGUCAAAGUGGAGAAAGAUCCCUUUUUCAUCUUCCCAGAAGACGAGUGGUACUGCUCCACGAUAGAAGUGACGACUCCGGAAGGAGACGCCGUUGUUUUCCCCUGUUAUAGAUGGAUUUCCAGGGGGGAAUUUGUGGAGCUCAGGGGAGGAAAAGCCAUGACGGUUUUUGAGGAGGAACAUUCCCUGCUGAUUGAGCACCGAAAAAAAGAACUUGAACUUAAAAAGAGUUCAUACCGAUGGGAGAUUGCUGAUGAAAAGUUGCCACACUCCUGUCACUUUAAAGAAAUAUCUGAGCUCCCUGCAGAAAUUCGCUACUCUUUGUCCAAAUCAAAAGAGGUUCAGCACACAAAAAGAAGGAUUGCCUCUGAGCUGACAUUUAAAGGAGUGGCAGGAUCCCAAAAAAAAUGGAAAGACAUUGAUGACAUGAAAAAGAUCUUCAGGUCCAAAAAGACGACACUAUCAGAGUAUGUUUCCCAGCACUGGAAGGAAGAUGACUUUUUUGGAUUCCAAUUUUUAAAUGCAACAAACCCCAAUGUGAUCAAGCGCUGCUCCAAACUUCCGUCAAACUUUCCAGUGACGGAGGAGAUGGUUAAACCUUUUCUGGAAACUGGAACCAGCCUGGAGAGGGAAAUGGAGAAUGGCAAUAUAUUCCUGUGUGACCAGAGGAUAAUGGAUGAAAUCCCAGCCAGAGUGAAGGAUGGAAAUCCUCUGUAUGCGACUGCUGGUUUGUGCUUGUUCUACCAGAACCCCAAGAAAAAACUGAUUCCAAUUGCAAUACAGCUGCACCAACAACCCUCUGAGCAGAACCCCAUCUUUCUGCCAAGUGACUCGGAGACGGACUGGCUUCUGGCCAAGCUGUUCAUCAGAAGUUCAGACCAGAUCGAACACCAGGCAGUCCAUCACCUCAUGAACACUCACUAUCUGGCAGAAGUCUUUGCUGUUGCUACUCUCCGCUGCUUCCCUACCAUUCAUCCCCUCUACAAGCUGCUGAUCCCACAUUUCCGUUACACUCUGCACAUAAACAUUGUGGGCCGGGAAACUCUUCUUGGACCUGGCGGCGCUUUGAGUGAGAGUUCACUUGGCGUGGAGGGGCUGACGGAGCUGAUGAGAAGAGCUCUGUCUCAGAUGACCUACGGCUCUCUCUGUCUGCCUGAGGACAUCGCUGCACGAGGACUGGAGUCCAUCCCCAACUUCUACUACAGGGACGACGCUUUGAAGCUGUGGAAGUACAUCAACAGCUUUGUGGAGGCUGUGGUGGAGCACUACUAUACCUCGGACAGCAACGUGUGCAAAGACUCUGAGCUGCAAGAAUGGAUCAAUGAGAUAUUCACACACGGUUUCCUAAAAAACAAACUGUCAGGUUUUCCAUCAUGCUUCAAUACUAUGGAGGAGGUGGUCAAGUUCAUCACCAUGGUGAUCUUCAGAGUGUCAGCACAACAUGCUGCUGUUAAUAAUGGACAGUACGACUACAACUCUUGGAUGCCCAAUGGCUCCCUCCUCUUAUGUAAACCUCCUCCGACCACUAAGGGGCAGUCCAGCAUGCAGACCGUUCUAGACGUUCUCCCAGAUGUUGGAGACACAGUCAAGAUUGUGUCAACUAUUUGGAUCCUCUCAGACAAGUACACUGACGUGGUUCCCUUGGGCACAUACCCUGAGGAACAUUUUGACGAGCCUGCCCUGAAACAGAUGAUUAAGGAGUUUCAAGCUGAGUUGAACUACCUGAGUGAAGAAAUUGCAUUGAGAAAUUCUCAGCUUGAAGUACCUUACCCUUAUCUGGACCCUGCCCUGAUAGAGAACAGUGUGACCAUUUAAGAAACGACGACAGCAGAUACCUGAUUUGUUAUUUUUCCAGCUGGCUCCUCCUGUUAUUGUUGCAGCUCCUUAUGAUAUCCAAUCAUGUUUUAUUUAUUAUUUUUUAGAGAUUGUAUGUUUAAAAUGAUUUUGCUUUUAAAUUUCUUGACAGCAAAUGUUUAUUUUCUUCUCAUAAUUCCUGUAAACCUGGAAGCAAAUCCAGGCUUUGGUUCUGUCUGCCAGAGGCAGGAAAGCUGAGUUGAAGAAGACAAUGAAGAUUUUGUUUUUUGCUCCUGGUUUUGAGAUCUUUCCAACUUUGCCCAGUCGUGUAAUUGCUACAGUAGUCCCACAGCCGCAAAUGCUCCAAAUCACAUUUGAAUCAAUAAAUAGUUCAAGAUUAAA